GGCAGCAGCAGCAAAGGGGGUCUGUGCAGAUCAGUGGUGCUUCCUGGUACCUCUUGCUCCUUUGGGAUCCACGUCCUAAAGUGGUUCCUCCCAGGUCAGUAACACAAAGAAGGAGAAAGUGCCCAGAUCACCAGGAGCUCUUCACUCCCAUCCUCUAGCUCCUCUCUGUGCUCUGUCCCGGUGUUCCUCUCCCAGACUCACUGGAAUCAUGGGGGAGUUAGAAAUUGCAUCUUUGGCUAAGUCACAGUUUCACUUUCUCAGAGUUACUUGUUUUGGAGAUUUUUGGUUUGGUUUUUUUUUUUUUUUUUGCUAUAAGUCCCUGUCAUGCUGCUGCUGCUGCUGGGCCUGUGUGGAAUGGUGGGGAACAGGGCUGUGCUCUGGCUGCUUGGCUUCCACAGCUGCAGCUCCCAUCACCAUCUGUGUGCUCACCCUGGCCAUGGCUGACUUCACCUUCCUGCUCUCCACCACCAUCACCCUGGGUGUAUUUCUGUCCCUGAGAGCUUCUGCCACCAGCUGGGCCCAUGACAGGGCAGUGACAGCUGGGCUGGAUGUCACCAUCCUCUUGGCUUUCCCUGCUGGUAUCUACUCUCUGACAGCCUUCAGUGCUGUGACAGCUCUGUUUGUCCUCCAGUGUCCUGCUGGCCCAGCUACCACUCCCAGCUCCUUCCCAGUGCUCCUGUGUGCCCUGCUCUGGCUCCUCUCCUUCCUGCUCACUGUUACCCUCUGGUUCCACCCUUCAGUGCUCAUGGCCGUGGUCCUGAGCUACCUCUUCUCAGUGCUCACCCUGACCUGUUCUGGUCUCAUCCUGCUGCCCAGGCUCCUGUGCUGGUCAUGGAAACAGCCUCCAUGGAAGUUCUGUGCCCUGCUCCUGCUGCCUGUUGUCUCCUUACCCUUUUUCACUGCUCAUUUUGGGUACUGGCUCUUGCUGAUGGAAUUUGACUUCUCUGUCUUUCCCCUCAACACCUCUCUCAUGCUUGCCUUUGCCAACAGCAGUGCCCAUCCUCUGAUUUACUUCCUGGCUGGGAGCUGUGCAGAGGAAUUCACCCUCUCUGGUAGUGUUGCCUUCCAGAGGGCUUUGAGGAUGUGCCAGAGCCAGGAAAUAGGGACAGCACUGUGGAAUCAUCAUCAAGUGGAAUCAUCAUGAAAUAGAGCCAUCAUAAAAUUGAACCAUAAAAUAUCCAGAGUUGGAAGGGACCACAAGGAUCAUGGAAUUCAGCUCCUGGCCCUGGACUGAGCAUGCCAACAAUCCCACCCUAUGCCUGAGAGCAUUGUCCUAAAGCUCCUUGAGCUCUUUCAGGCAGAUGCUAUGAAGAGGAUUCUGGAUGACAUCAGGAAUCAUAAUAGAAUGGAUUUGGUUGGAAGGAACCUUAGACAUUGUCACAUUCCAACCCUUCUGCCAUGGGAAGUAACAGCCAGGAAACGUCUUGCAUUGAAAUCUUUGCUCUUUUGAAGGGAAGCUCAGGUAGGGAGUGGCCUGGGUCAUCCUGGAACAAGGAAGGUGCUUGGAAGCAGGAAAAGUUCAUUGGAGAAUCAUGAUCCUUCAGCACUUGGAAGACACUCCCUGGCUGUGGUAUUCUUUCCUCAGCAAGUUGUUGUACCAUGGAGAGUUUCUGCUUUCCAAUGGACAGGAAAACAGGAGACAGGAAGAAAAAACCCUCUGAGAUGUCAAAGUCUCUCUCUUCUGUAACUUACUAACAAUUCCCUUAAUUAAUGUAUUCUCGAUCUUUUAUCUCAUGUGUGUCUUGUGUCUCCAAAGCCUAACUCGGCACUCACAGCUUUCACUCUCACUUUCCUUUCCAGAAGCAGUGGCACCUUGAUUUCCCCUGCAUUUAAGGCACUGGGAAAAGGAGGGACAACUUCCCCCUGGGUAAGAGAUGUGGCUGCUGCCCAGGUCUCUCCCAGGAGGAAUGAGGAGAUCUUGGCAUAUUCAACAUCAUCCCAACCAUUUCAGGCACAUGCCUUAGGAAGAGCUGUGGUAUAAGACAGGGA